AGUGGAGAUUAUGAGAAGUAGUUUUAUUACCAACAUACUUUGAAGAUAAAACCAAGACUUGCCAGAAGAUGGGAUGUAGGACCUGAAACUGAAGACUCAAGUAUGACUUCUUGGCCUGAGCAAUUAAGAGAAUGAGGUGGCCAUUCACAGAGCUAGCAAAUCAUUGUAAGAAUUGCAAUGAGGUGUGAGGACGAGAAAUUGAGAGGCGUUUUUUUACACAAGCUGAGUUGGACCUGCUUAUGAGACAUCCACGCAGAGACCGUCUGGAUUUCCGAAGAGUGGUGGGAAUGAACAUAUAGGUGGUGUUUAAAACUUGUGACUUUAGGAUAUCUGAGGGGUGGAGUUGCUCCAGGUGCAUAAUCAAGCAAAUUUUUACCACUGCAUUAGGUCAAAUUUUCACAUAGUGCAAUGGGAUAUCUGUUCCUAUUUAAGUGCCUAAAUAAUUCCAAGCUUCCAGUUAGACACUUUUUAAAAAAAACCUGAAGUAUAAAUAAAAUGCACAGAUCUUUGGAGUUCAGUCCUACGAAUCUUGACGAUUGUUAUCGGUAUUACAUUUCUACCAGGAAAAUUACCUCUUGGGCCUACUUAAAUAUAACUUUUAGUUAAAAAUAACAUACACAAGAAACUGCACAGAAGGACGCUCAAUGAAAUUUCUACACAGUGAACACAUCUGUAACCAGGGCUCAAAUCAAGAAAAAAAAAUUAGCCGAAUCUCAAAAGCCCCCUCGUGGCUUCUUUCUGUCACUGUCUUCCCAAACACAACCUGAUUUUCAGUCUCACAGCUUUAGAUUUUGUUUAAAUGGAAUCAAACGAUAUGAACUUCUCUAGUUCUAGCAUCUUUUCCUUAACGUCCAUAAGUUGUGUGCAAAAGUAAUUUGUUUUUGUAUUGUACUUCUGAUUCUUUAUUGAGAUAAUGGCCCUGCAUUUUUCUGUACUUUUUUCCUUCUGUGACUUGCGGAUCAUCUUUACCUUGGGGUUGAUAAAGCCGAGUGUGGGUUAUUUGACAUCUCAGGGGUAACCGUCUACAUUCUCAACCGUGUUUCAGACGUUUUGAGGUCCCCAAAGGCUAAAAUAAUCUAUCUGAAAAGUGAGUUUUUCAAGGGCCUUACUAAGCCGGGCUGCAGGAGUCAGAACCGGAGCAGAAUGCAGCCUCAGGAAAUCUUAGCUCACAUUUUCUUUGACAUUAAUAGGCUCACUGAAAUCGAAUCCAAAUCUGGUGACUGGUCGAUGAAGGAAGCAAACUCAGCCACCCCGGGAGGCGCCCAGCAUAUUAGGAAGCUUACUCCGCUUCGGAGCCGCCACUGGGUCCCGCCACACGGCCAACGCAACCCCACCUCCUACUGCGACCGGUGAUGACGCCACCACGUCGUAUACGCUGAAUCCUGACGUCCCCAGAGCGCCAGAACCCAGUGAAAACACAACCGUUCCCCUCAGGAUCCUGCGCACUUAAUGUCCUCGUUUUUUCCCGUUUUAGCACACGUAGGCUCGCCUUUAUCCCUUUUUUCGUCCUUUACUCGCAUACGUUCACAGUCUUAGACAAGAUGGCCGACGAAGUGGCCCCGGGUCCUAGAGCGCACCGAACCACUCGACUGCCUAGUCAACUUCCGGUUUAGGCCCCGAAGAUUGGUGCGUUAUUUCCGGGGUGGUUUAAGCUACAGAAAGAUCUAGAAGAGGUGAAGGUGCUUCUGGAAAAGGCUACUAGAAAAAGAGUACGUGAUACCCUGACCACUGAAAAGUCCAAGAUUGAGACAGAAAUCAAGAACAAGAUGCAGCAGAAAUCACAGAGGAAAGCAGAACUUCUGGAAAAUGAAAAGCCGGCGGCUGUGGUUGCUCCUAUUACAACAGGAUAUACAGUAAAAAUCAGUAAUUAUGGAUGGGAUCAGUCAGAUAAGUUUGUGAAAAUCUACAUUACCUUAACUGGAGUUCAUCAAGUCCCCACUGAGAAUGUGCAGGUGCAUUUCACAGAGAGGUCAUUUGAUCUUUUGGUAAAGAAUCUAAAUGGGAAGAAUUACUCCAUGAUUGUGAACAAUCUCUUGAAACCCAUCUCCGUGGAGGGCAGUUCAAAAAAAGUCAAGACAGAUACAGUUCUUAUCUUAUGUAGGAAGAAAGCAGAAAACACACGGUGGGACUACCUGACUCAGGUUGAAAAAGAAUGCAAAGAGAAAGAAAAGCCUUCCUAUGACACUGAAACAGAUCCUAGUGAGGGAUUAAUGAAUGUUCUAAAGAAAAUUUAUGAAGAUGGAGAUGAUGAUAUGAAGCGAACCAUUAAUAAAGCCUGGGUGGAAUCAAGAGAGAAGCAAGCCAAAGGAGAUACAGAAUUCUGAGACUUCAAAGCCUUUGGGGAACUGUGAUGUGGAAACAUUGUUUCCAGUAAGGAAAAGUUGGUGAGCUGCACAGAUAAACUUGACAGAUAAGUAUUUACACAGCAAAGAAUUCUCCAUUUCCUAUUGGAAAAUUUAUUUUAAAAUAACACUUAUUAAACACUUCCUCCAAAGAUGGUUUUCCUUAGUAAGUGGGUCAUUUCCUUCAAGAAAGGGUAAUGUUGCAGUCCAGUGUGAAAUGUAAAAAAGCAAGCGUUGCCUAAUGAAAAUGCCAUAUUGUGUGUAUUUCUGUUCAGCUAAGAGGUAGAAAAUAAGUCAUUGCUUGCCUUUCAGUUCCUGACUCAGCUCCUGACGUCAGCUACCACCAAUGUAAGAAUAAAUAAAAAUAAAACGUGAAUUUUUUGCAUAAAA